AUGGACGACGAAAACGCCCGCGGCCAGCGCAACUCGCCCAGCUAUCCCUACCUCAACCAGUUUACCGAUACCUUGAUGCUCAACGGCCAAGCGGCCCUCGACGCCGACUUGGACGCGGUCUGGAAGUCGUUUGAGCUGCAGAUCCCGCAGUGCAUCGGCCCAGAAAACACGUUGGAUUGCUUUCGCACCUCACACGACGACCUCUGUGCCUAUCCGCCCAAAUGUCCAACGACAAACCUUCUUGGCUCCACCACCAGUGCCCCGUCCCAUAUGCUCUUCCACACGCGCCACUACCCUCCACACGCCGCUGGCUUGCGUCAGAUAGUCAGCCCACACGCCGCUGCUGGUCUCGACUUCUUCCAGGGCGCCCCCAGCGCUGAUGCCCAUUCUGUUUUCACCACCGCCGCCACCAGCACCCCGUUUGGCCACGCUGUAUCCGGCUCGCCAGCCACGUCUGGAGGUGGCUACACUUGUUUCGACCAAGACGACUUUGUCGACCAGCUCUCCGCACUGUCUUCCCCUCCACACAACCCCGUCCCGGAUGUUGAGUGCGACAACCAGUCCGUUUGUGACAGUGACUGUGGUGACGGCGAGAUAUGCCAUGAAUCCAUCUGCUCAGAAGAUCCGUCUGCCUGCUGCGAGGAUGAGACCUGUCUGCAAAGCGUCCCCCCGGCCGCUGCUGCGGAAACUUCUCUCACGUCGGAAGACGCCAUCGCUGCCGCUGCCCUUGCCUCCUUCGUUGGCCAGGGCAUACAGUUGCAGCAGCAACCGCAGCAACCGCAGCACCAGCAUGCUCUCCAACAGCCCUUCAUAGCCACCCCUGGCCCGGGGCUUGUCAUGGGCCCAGGCUCGUGCAUAAGUCCUCAGUUUCUGAUGAACUACCAGCAUCUCCGCGACGCCCAUAACCCACUGCAGCCGACGUCUUGUAGAGCCCCCUUCUGCCCGAUCGAAGAUCCCAGCUUUUACGCUGAGUGUCACAUCAAGCACGUCAUACCGCAAGGCCAAGCAAGCUAUUUUGACAACAUCGAUCUCAACAUGAUGCUAGCCGGCGACAACAGUCUGGAUGCCUCUCAUGAAUGUGGCGCCAAGUUUCCAAAUGUCGAAGCCAUGGUCCAGCAUUUCUGGACUGAGCACCGCGUCUACCAGUCCGACCAACUGCAACAACUGCCGGCCAAUAGCAUGCACAGUCACGUGCCCGAUCUGGCAUCGUCGACAGCCUCGACUGUGUCCUUGUCGUCGCAAGAUACGAUGCAUACACCAUCGUUGGCCCUGCCCGAGAGCUCGCCGCCGCUGGAUCCGAAAUUCAAUUUUGCCUCCAUUAUUCCCAAAAACGAGUACCGACCGGAUUCAGAGUGCUCGUUGCUACUGCUGCCUGGCCGGGAAGCCAAGGACACCCAGCACAUGCUGCAGCGCCACGAGUGCUUCUGGUGUGACGCGAUCGGUACCAGCCCGUGUGGCCAGGUAUUUGACUCGGCCAGUGACCUUCACAGGCACACCAUUGAGGCCCACACCCAUCAGCUGAAGCGCGAUGUCGGUGGUACCUACUCUUGCGGCUGGCUUGGAUGCAACCGCCGUGACUGCGAGGAUAAGGGCGGCUUUGCACAGAAGAGCAAGAUCGACCGCCACAUGCAGGUGCACACUGGUACCAUGCAUAUCAGGACACAUACCAAGGUGCGGCCGCUGAAAUGCCCAUACUGCAGUAAGGAGUUCAGCGAGUCAUCCAACCUGUCCAAGCACAAGCGCAUCCACACAGGCGAUGGCUUGUACAUCUGCCAAUUUCCCGGCUGUGGGAAGCAUUUCCACCGCAAGGACCAACUACGCCGCCACGGCACACAGCAUAGAAAGAGCCGCGCAGACAUACAGUCUCCAGCAGCGCUUGUGGCCGCAUUGGUAGACAUAGCAUGA